ACGUGGAUGAACCUCAGAGCCAGUGAACUAGGACUUUGGCUUCAUGUCCAUGGGGCAUGCCAGCGGGUCACAUUUCCUCUCUGAACCUCCCUCCAAGCCACACUGUACUCAUGAAGGGAAAGGGACAAGGCUUCACAAGAAACAGCACAUGCUUUCCUUUCAUUUCUGGAAGUCCCUGGGUCGACCUACAGAUGCUGCUCCUUCCGUGGCCGAUGGCAUUCAGACUCCUUGCCACCGCCGACGGUGCCAGGCAAACAACUGGACAGAACAGCUCAGCCACGGGAAGCUGGCCACGGUCUCGGCCGGAGCAGCAGCCCCCCGGCCCCAGACCACCUCUGCCACCACUGCCGGGAGCCUUCCCCCCUCCCUCAGGCUUGUCCCAGCCCCGCCAGAGAGGCUGAAGAACUGGGAGGUGGUGGCAGCAGCCGCAGUGGUGCCUGUAGCCUUGAGCCCGGUCCAGGCACGUGGGGCCCUGCUUCGGGCCACUCUGCAGCCCCUCCAGGGCCAGCGAGGGACCAGGGCCAGCCCCAGCGGCGCCGCUCACCACUGUCUCCUCCUGUCACUGCAACUUGGGCAAGGGCUCAAGAUGGAAGCUGCCACUCCUGAGCUGAGUCCACAGGCCAGACUGAGGGAGGUGGGCGACUGGGGGAACAGAGCUCAAGAUAGCCAGGAGCCGAAGCAGCAGCUGCCACUGCUGCCCAGGCCACCGGCCUCCUCCCAGCGAGAAGCGAAGUAUGUGGAGAUGUGUGCUUCUGCCGCAGUCUCAGGGGUGAGUCUCCGCACCAGGAGACUCGCUCUGGAGCACCGCCCGGGCAAGCAGAGGACCCCUAGGAGCCCCAGGGAAGAAGCCCAAGAGGAACGGAGCAGUCAAGAGAGGAAGGCUCCGACCCCCCAGAAGAAUCCUGCUGCCUCGGAACUCUCCAGAUCCCAGCUCUCCCGCACCGAUGAGCACAGCAACCUCUCAUCUUCCUCCUCCUCCUCCCCAGUGGACAAAGCAGAAGAAGGUGGCGUUUCCAAGAUGGAUGAUACCACCACAUCAGCAGGGGCUCUGGCCACCUCGUCUUCGUCUUUAGGCUUUGAGAGUGACAGUGGUGAGAGUGCCCUGAGCUGCCAGCCCAGGGGAGGAGGAGAGGGGCGAAGAGCAGGAGGAGGAGGGGCAGAAAGAGGCGGGGGAGGGGGAGAGGGAGAUGGAACAGAGUGCAGGGACAUUAUUGCCAAGUCUCAGGGCAGCAGGGACCCCCCCAAAAAUGAGGAGGCUCACUAUAUUACCACCCACGAGAUCCAGCUGAGCGAGGUGGAGCAGGACAUGGAUUUUGAUGUGGGACUGGCCUCCCGCUGGGAUUUCGAGGACAACAACGUGAUCUACUCAUUUGUGGACUAUGCUUCCUUUGGUGGCAGCGACGAGACCCCAGGGGAUGUCACCACCCCGACCGAAGAGGACGACGACAACAGCUGCUACCUCAGCACCACUCCAAGCACCCAUGCCACUCAGACUCCGAGCCCCACCAGCAGUGACCCAGCCCGUCCCAGCGCAGACAGCAGUGGUCGCCACACCAGCAGCACGGAGGUGGGCAGCGGCCCCUCUGACAGUGACCCCACUCCCCCACCCACUGGGCCUGGCACUGCCACCCUGAGUGAGCCCUUGCCCGAGCCCCCGGAGGCAGCUUCAGGGGCAGCAGCCGUGGCCGCCAGCAGCUGUGGGAGUACAGCAAGCCAGAUCCUCCUAUCAAUCAAACCGACUUCCCGGGCUAUAAAUGAGCCUAGCAACGUGCGUGCAAAGCAAAACAUUAUUUAUGCUGCCAAGCAUGAAGGCGACAUGAGCCUCCGUGUCUCUACAGCUGCUGAACACAAUUCAAGUUCACUGAAGCAAGACCCGGCUGCAGCCGUGGCUCAGGACCAUGCAAAGAAAUUCAUCGCUGUCCCUGCUCGCCUGCAAACCCGGUGCGGGGCCAUCCGGGCGAAGGAGCUGGUGGACUACUCCAGCGGGGCCUCCAGUGCCGUGAGUGAACUGGACGAUGCGGACAAGGAGGUGCGCAACCUGACCUCCCGGGCCUUCCGGAGCCUUGCCUACCCCUACUUUGAGGCCCUGAACAUCAGCUCCCGGGAGUCCUCCACACUCUCCGAGGUCGGCUUUGGGCGGUGGUCGACGUUCCUGGAUUUAAAAUGUGGGGGUGUCGGAGCCAGGGUGGAGCAGAGCCUCCUGAGGAGUAGUGCGGCCUCCGUGGCUGCAGGUCUGAGGAAGGGCAGUGGGGCCAGGACGACUGCAGACCAGCUCUACAUCCAGUCCAGGAAGUCCCAGACCAAAGCCUUGGAGUUCGUGGUCAGCAAAGUCGAGGGGGAAAUCAAACAUGUGGAGACACCUCUGUGUUUCCAGAAACAGGUCCAGACGGGUUCCCGCGUGGUCACCCUCCUCGAGCCCCUGAAUUUCCGCAGCGAGAGCAAAGCCAGCUCAGCCACUGGGCCCUACAGAACCGCCAAAGGCUCCGGCAAGGGCCCAGGGUCGGUGUACACAGACGAUGGCUCGGAGGCCUCUGAGAGCAACAAGCCCGCCUCCCGCACCGAAGGCCCCCAGAAGAAAUCCAAGUUUGCUUCCAGUCUGCUCAAAAAUGUCAUCUCCAAGAAGAUGCAGCGGGAACACGAGUUCAAAAUGGAGAGGGGAGAAGUCACUGACACGUCCCACCGUAACCCCUCCAGCACCUCCAAGGAGACGGAGGGCCCAGCCCGGGGGGAGAAGCUACGGGAGAGGGGUCUGCAGAGGCAGGGUUCUCGCCACUCAGAGGCCGGUUCUGAGUACACGGUGGUCAGCGUGUCCGACGCAGGGGCUGAGGGCUCGGUGGCCGAGUCUAAAUCGCCAAUUUUCAAAGCCAGUGCUCCUCGGGAGAGCAGUGCUGCCUCGGGUCGAAAUUUCGCAGACGGACGCACUGAGGAAGUCUGUGAAAUCAAAAAGAGUGCAUCCGAGACCGUCAAAGGCAUCUUCCUCCGCAGUCAGAACAGUGCAUUCCGUUCCUGGAAGGAGAAGGAGGCCGAGAAGCGGGAAGAAAAGGCCCCUGUUGGGAAGCUGAAGCUUCCCAAAGGGGGCGACUGGAGGGCUGAUCUUGGAGAGAUCUCUGCCAGCAAGUCCACCAUCAUGUCGCGCCUCUUUGUCCCCAACAUCCAGCAGACCCCCAAGGACAAGCAGCCGGGGAAGCAGGUUACCAAGUACCCUGCCGCCCAAGCCACCUCCACGGCAGUAAUCAGGCCAAAGGCUCCCGAAAUCAAGAUCCGGCUGGGGAGUGUACAACAGCCGAGCUCAGACUUCAACAUUGCCAAACUGCUCACGCCCAAAUUGGCCAGUGGCAGCGCCUCUAACCUUUUCAAGACAGUUGAGGACAACAGCAGGGCGCAGCAGAAGCUCUUCCGGGGAGACAACCUGGAAAAAGUGCCCCAGUUCCAGGUGAGAGACGUCAGAGACAAGUCCAAGGCCCAAGGCCCCCUCCAUCAGGUGAGAGAUGUCAGGAAACUAAUCAAAGGGUCCGGGGACAGCAGUGACAAGGGCAGUGUUACCCCAGAGCAGGGGCUGACCGGGCCCAAACCCAGGCAGCUGGCUGCGGCAGGGGGCGGAUCCAGAUCCCUUUCCCCCAUAGUGAUUACGUGCCAGGCGGUGGUUAACCCGAGGGAAGAGAGCAUGGACCGAGAGCCUAGGGAGAACGUAGGCCCAGGGGGCAGCACCAGGUUCUUGAAUUCGUCCUCGCCAGAAGGGACAGUCUUGGUUCACAGGGCGUCUGGCAGGCUGCCUGUGGCCACCAUUGCCCCCAAUAAGCCUGAGCAGGGCUCCUACCUGCCUGUGCUCAAGAUCGUCUCUAAGGCUUCUGCUCAGAAGACCCCAGAGAAGGCCAAGGAGGAGGAGGUCAAGGAGGAAGGGAAAGCCCCAAAGACUUCUCGGAACGCCCUGGAGAAGCUGACGGCAGCCGUGAGGUCCAUGGAAGAGCUGUACAGCUUCAACAGGAACGAGUGGAAGCGCAAAAGCGACCCCCUGCCCAUGAUGAUGGACAGCCAUGUCCUGUCGCUCAUUGCCAGUGAGGAAAGGGAAGGGGCUGCAGGGGCGGAGGGGGACCCAGACAAGCUGGCCAAACGACUGGGUGAGCUGGAGGAGCGGGGCACCGGAAACAAGGGAGGCGUGGUGCUGCGGGGGGGCCCGGGGGAGCGUCUGCAGCGGAGGAACUCCAACCCAAGUGCUGAGAGCGUGUCUGCCCGGGCAGCCGCCUUUGAGAACAUGGCCAGGGAAAGGCCGCGAUCCCUCUAUAUCCCCCCAGUCCACAAGGAUGUGGAGAGAACCCAACCCCUGCAGCCCCUCCCACCACUCCCCAGCAACCGAAACGUGUUCACGGUGAGUACCAGCAGCACCCAGAAAACUGGGGGUGUCGCUGGCAAGUUUCCCCAAGGGCCUUCUCCAGAGAGUCCUUCGGCGGCAAAGGGCAUCAAAACCCAGGGACUCCGGUCCCUCAAGAUCUCUCCGGCCACUCGGGCACCUCCUGAUGAGGUGACCACUAGGAAAAACAGCAGCAAUUUGGAAAAGAACAAUAGCGACUGUGAGAAUUACUUGUCCAUCCCCCUUAAAGGAAGCUCUUCAGCGGGAGAACUUCCUGGCAGGCCCGGGGCUGGGAGGGAGGGGCCCCCAGCCCCCUCAGCGGCCACUCUCUGCAGCUUGCCCCCUCUGAGCGCCCGAAGCCAGGUCCCCAGCAAUCCCAAAGGCUCUCAGGUCAGUGGAAGCAGCCGGCCAGCUUGGCGUACCAAACCCGACAACCCCAGGGAGACAGUAGCUGCUGCCACAGGGCCACAGAGCCCGGAGCAUCUCCCCACUGCCAUCUACCACCAGCAGCCACUGCCUUUUGCCCUGCAGGGAGCCCAGCCCCAGGUCCUGUGCUUCUCCCCACCCAGCAUGCCUGCCACAGCACCUGCAGGCCCAGCUUCAGUCCCCACAGACCCCUUCCAGCAGCCACAGCCCCAGCAGACCCAGCGCAAGAUGCUCCUGGAUGUGACGACCGGCCAGUACUAUCUGGUGGACACACCAGUACAGCCCAUGACCCGAAGACUGUUUGACCCUGAGACAGGGCAGUAUGUGGAUGUACCCAUGACUUCCCAGCAGCAGGCUGUGGCUCCCAUGUCCCUCCCUGUGCCUCCCUUGGCCCUGAGCCCUGGGGCCUAUGGACCCACCUACAUGAUCUACCCUGGGUUUCUCCCCACGGUGCUGCCUGCCAAUGCCCUGCAGCCCACGCCGAUUGCUCACACUCCAGGGGGAAGCGAGCUCUCCUCCAUGGCAGCAGACCCCCCUGGCAAAGAGGCAACUGCGACAUUCACUGAGGCCCCAUACUUCAUGGCCUCCGGUCAGUCUCCUGCUUCCUCUUCCUCCUCGGCCCCGGCAGCCACGUCCCAGCUUGUGGGGGCCAAAGGCUUCACCCAGCUGCACGGCAAGCCUGUCAUCAGCAUCACUUCGCAACCCCUGGGGCCCAGGAUCAUUGCCCCCCCUUCCUUUGAUGGCACCACCAUGAGCUUUGUGGUAGAACACAGAUGAUGCACCAUCACCAGAAAGCAGAACGGAGCAGCUGCUGGAGCAAGACAGAAGAUGGACUGUUCUAUAAUCGGAAGGUUGCGUCGUAACAACACUAAGAAUUCAGCUGAAAAACUUCCUCUACAUGUGUUAUUCUUAGGUUUUGCUUCUUAUAAACCAAGUGUGUAAGUUUCUAUAUUUUCCUGAACAACCCUGUUAAGACAGUUUGUGUUAUUUUGGUGUUACUAAGCUGAGUGAAUGGUUGCAGUUUUUCCCUGUAAAAGGAUUUCUUUUUAUACUUUAAUACAGAAGACAAACUUUCUCUUCCUCUUUCCCUCCUGUACUCAUGACUAGGCAAACCAUCCCUUCAGCAUUCUCAUAGUUCAAUCAAAACACACGACAGAAUGAGUUUGGUUCUGUUGUAAAGCACACCGGCAGAUCAAUAAUUUGGAUCACAGUUCUUCUUAGAGCUUCUUGGAAUAUGUGAGGAUUAGAUGUCAGAGUUGGAACACAUGUUCGAUUUUAAAUACAAGGGGUCUGCAUUUUGAAUCCUAUACCAGCCAAGCCUAGUCAUUCCCUCGGUUACGUUCUACAUGUUCUUUUAUUGGGUUUAGCAUGAUUUCAAAUGUAAUUGUGAAAACUAGUGGUUUUAACACUCCUUGUUGCCUUCACACAGAAUGGCUUGAAACACUGAAGAGCCAGUGAUUGUGUUUAAAAUUAAGUUCUUAGUCUCAGAAAGGUAUGAAAUACCUCUUUUCCUCUAGGAAUCCAAACUUUGUUAUGAGUGGAUAGCCUUUUUUGGUCUUCCCUCCCUCUGUAGUUGCAUGUUCCUCUCUCACUGAUUGUUUGGAGCCCGAGGAGUGGCCUGUUUGGGGCGGGCGGCAGAGUGGAAUGUACAUUGAUUCAGUGGUCCUGAUUCUCUCCAGCCCCCGCCAUACCGAGAGCACGGACUAGGACUGUAUCACUUGCUCUAUAUGGGCUUACGAUGCAUCGAGAAUCCAAAUCACAGAAUCUUUCAGCGACUUUCAAUACUGCCUCAGUUGUAACUCAGUUCUGAAGGUUAUUUUAGUGAGUGUUCACAGUGAGUCUUGAAGAGCUGAUUGAACAGAUAAAUAUUUAGAUCGUCAUCAUUAAUAAGUGUGUCAACAUAUAUUCAACAAAUGAAACAUUAGAAUAUUUCUUAUUUUUUUUUAAAGAUUUAUUUAUUUAUUUAUUUAUUUGACAGAGAGAGAUCACAUGUAGGCAGAGCGGCAGGCAGAGAGAGAGGGAAGCAGGCUCCCCGCAGAGCAGAGAGCCCGAUGCGGGGCUUGAUCCCAGGACCCUGAGAUCAUGACCUGAGCGGAAGGCAGAGGCCUCAACCCACUGAGCCACCCAGGCGCCCCUAGAAUAUUUCUUAUUUUUAAAGAGAGAAUAACUUGAAGGUUCUCCCAGACUUUCUUUAAGGAAUCUCAUCUUAUCUAUUUAUUUAUUCGAAGACAAGGCAUCCUGGUAAAUGUCUUUUAGAUCCUUAUUUUGAUUUUAAUGAUCAUCAGCCUUUGGUUUCUGCUUAAAAUUUAAAAAAUUUAAAAAACACUUUUUUUCUCAAAACCACUGCAUUUUAUGCUACUCACAACUGAAGAUGUGAGUAAAAACCCAAGACUGGUUUUUGUAUGAUUUAUAUAAUCUCAUUACUUUGUAGUUAGGCUUCCUAUAUCAAUCUCCUUUUGGAAAAAUAACUCGAUUUCACUUUUAGGGCCUUUCUUAAAGGGAUCUUGCUCCAAAAAGAAAUACUGUUGGGUAGAAGAAAAGGGUCGAGGCAGGCGUAGUCAGCUCUGGUCACAAUUCAAUUAAUGCCCUGAUACGUGACGAAAUGAAGUGCAAAAUAUAAAACAGCCUCUGUGCAUAGAUAAGAUGCCCUUGUCCCGUAUUGAGAAAAGCCUUAGUCCUUGGCCACAGAGGUCUUCUCACCUAAGUACAGCAGCAGCUUCACCCCAGAACUGACUUCAUUUUUCAACACCGGAGAGCUCUUACAUCAUCAGCCGUUCCUCAUUUCCUGUAGAGACUGGCUGGGUAUAAGGUCACUUAAUAUUAAACGAAGAAGGUGCGAUCAAUUUCAAAGAUCUCCAACGUGUAAUACUCUAAACAGCACCAUGAAUUCUCAAGUAUUUGAACACAUCUGGCAAAACUGACUGAGGAAUCAGGUGGAGACAGUACCAGAAUUGACAGGACUGUUUUAAAACCAUGUGUGAUUUUUAGGAAAAGGUUGAUCAUGCUCAUAUUGAGGGAUCAUCAUCAGUGAUCAUACUGAGUAGUCAGCUGCCUGCCAGGUCUUCAAAAAGAGACAUUUCUUUCCCUAGCCAAUGGGGUAGAGUUCUUACCUACCAAGGGCCUAGGGAUCCCAGAAGCUAUUUAUCCUUAUUUAUCACCAGCAGAUCUGAGCCUUCAGUUCUCACAUUGAGGUAAACUAGUACAGAAACUAGGAGAAACUAGUAUAGAAAAUACCAGAGAGGCCACAUCCUCUAAGAAGCUGUCGAGGACAUAGGAAAUGUCCAAGGGGUUAAAACUCUAACUUUAAAAAAUAAUAUUCUAGGAAUACCACAUUGUUUAUUGAUAAUUUUAUGGUUCUCUCUUUCAUCAAACCAAAAAAACCAAACAAGCACUGCUGGCCGUUUACUACCUCAAGUGAUGGGGAGGAACAUGUUUAAAGACACAAGGUAAAUCUAAAUCCUUAUUUUCAGUGUUUUAUUAUUUCCUGAGGUUGCCUUGGUAUUUGAAUGAAGUGGUUGUACCCUUCCUAUUUCAAUGGAAGUUAAGUGGAAUAAAAUAAGAGUCUAUGAAGCCUUCUUAUCCAUCAAGCUAUUACCCUGACACUGUCCCUUUAGGUGCUGAACUACGCUUUUAUGUUUUGUAUACACAAGACGACAGAUAACACAUGUAGCGUUUCCUAAAUAGUGCCUCAAACUGGAGUUGAAACAGAAUUGUAGAGUCUGGUUUUUGCCAUUUCCUCUCAAGGUUAUAUGUCAAGGUUACAUGUGCGACUCAGUUUUCCAGAGGAACCGUGGGGCAUUGUCUGCAGAAACCUUGACCCAUGGCCUCUUUCCCCCUGUUGAUUAAAUGGUCAGGUUGAAAUGGACUCUAUUUGAGUUAUUUCUGGUAAACUGAACACAUUUGUAACCCAUAUGAAAACUUUAAUCCACUGGAAUAUCUUUUCUUAAGAGCGCUCUCUGAAAUUGCCCUCAGGAUUAAAUGAAGCCCAAAUAUGCCGUUAGUGACUUUAUAGUCUAUCUGUAUGUCUGUAUAUGUCUUUAUACGUUGGUGUAUAUGCAGCUCUCUACAUACCACUGAGUAAAGAAGCUAAACCAAAUUACACUUGGACAGCUUUAUGACAAAUCUCACAUGUUAGCGCACGUUUCAGAUUCAUUCUUAUAACACUGAGAACUAUCUAGUGAUAUCAAUUUCUUAAUUUCAGAUUUGACUUCAUCAUUCUUGCCUCUUAAAGAGAUAUCAUGCAUUUUAAUGGUUUUCAUACUUCAUAGAAGUGGGAGUCUGUGUUUGCUACAAACUGAAUGCUCAUGCUACCUGAAAUUAUACUUUGGACUGCAGGACAGUGUUAAUUCUUAAGUAGAUUGACUAUAAUCUCAUGAUAAGUAUAUAUAUAUGUGCACAAGAAAACACAUUCAGUAAUAGUCUCUGUGUUUAAAAACUAUCAUGGUAUACAUUUUCCUACGUGGUGCUUGAGGAGUUUCAUUCUACAGUUUACAAGGUGUAGGUUUGCACCCCAAAUUCUCAGGGUAUACUAUUUUACCCAAAUACUUGAAAGAAAAAGGUGCCCUGUAUUUUAUCAGUACUGUUGAGGGGAAAAAUUAUGUGUAGGCUUGUUUUAGAGAACUACUUAUAAAAAUCAAAUUCAUAAACUACGUUAGGCUUUUUCAUAAUUUCUGAGAGGAUAUACAGAUAGCUAUGAUAUAUAUAUUUUCAAGAGACUGUUUCUAUAUUCUUACCUAACUUCUGGGUCCUAAGUAGACCUCACAGGUGCAUAAAAUCAUUAAUAAAGCAUGUAGCAUUUGCUAAGUUGUACUUUGAGUUUGAAUCUAAUCAGAAUAGCAUCCUCUGGUUCUUUGGAAGGAAAGCACAUCCAGCUGAGGCACUUGUGACUACAAGGCCCAGAGGAAGAUUCUGCAAAUUGGACUCAUUUGUAUGCCCCGUGUCUCAGAAGAGAACUGAGGGUUCCCAGCAGUGUUUGUAAGCUGUUAACAUUCUUGUUUCGUGUUGCCACGAAAGCGUAUUAUUAGAUUUAUUCCUAUUUACUUCAAAAUGGUGCAGAACAACAUACACACACACACACACACACACACAUCUAAUUUGAUUUCUUUUUUUAAGUUUCACAAUUGCUUUUUAUAAGCUAUUGUUAAUGGCAGAGUCCUUGCCGGGACCCCUGAAAUUACUUAUCCUACCUGGAUCUCUGUUCUAGCAGGUGGUCCUUUCUUUUUCUCCCUCUUUGAGGUUGUAGAUUUCUAUAUUUACAUGUAAGUCAUAAUAUCGUAUAGUAAAAGGCCGUGGUGGUGGAAAAGAAUGUGAAGACUGUGGAAGUUAGGUCCCAAGCAGAGGAGAGGAAAUCGUGUGGUAAAUGAUGAAAGACAUUGGGUAAUGCCGAAUUGUACCUCUGCCUAUGAAAAAAGCCAGAGGUAAAUGGAAAGAAUGUGAACAUUAAAACUGCUCUCAAGACAGAAGUCUUGGUGGAAAUGUUCCUACCUGAGGUCUGAUUCAAUUAGAAGAUACAGUGAGCUUGGCCAAUGGGACUGUGAAAUCAGCCCAGCAGCUCUGAGAAUUACAUUCUUGGUGUAUUGCUGAAGGAGAAAACUACUUAGACAAGGACUCUGUGAGACUGGCCUACUUACCUUUAACUGCGGCAUUCAUAAGUGAUUGUGCAAUCUUCUGUAAUGGUCUUUUAUUUUGACUCUUUGGGAAAAAAAAAUGUUUUGUUGUUGUUGUUUUUCCAGUAAAAGCAACUACAAAGAAAA